AAUAGCGUCCAAUCAGAAGAAAGCUCGUGCAGGGUAUAAAAACCCCACAAAGCAGCUUAUUUCUGGACACCGUUAUCAGUCUUUGUGUGGGAUCUGUUGGACUUUAGGAAGGAUUAAGACCACUUUCCCAAAGAAAAACAGUGUAAGGUAAACGCGACCAUGCCUUUCGGUAACACUCACAACCUGCUGAAGAUGAACUACUCCGCGGAGCAGGAGUAUCCCGACCUCAGCAAGCACAAUAACCACAUGGCGAAGGUGCUCACUCCCGAGAUGUACGCCAGCCUGCGGGACAAACAAACCCCAAGCGGAUUUACCCUGGAUGACGUCAUCCAGACAGGGGUCGAUAACCCAGGCCAUCCCUUCAUCAUGACAGUCGGCUGCGUCGCUGGAGAUGAGGAGACAUAUGAGGUGUUCAAAGAUCUUUUGGACCCCGUUAUUGAGGACCGCCAUGGUGGCUAUAAACCCACAGACACACACAAGACUGACCUUAACCCAGACAACCUCCAGGGCGGAGACGACCUUGAUCCCAACUACGUUUUGAGCUCAAGAGUGCGAACCGGCAGGAGCAUCCGAGGAUUCUGCCUGCCCCCCCACUGCAGCCGUGGAGAGCGACGCGGCAUUGAAAAUCUGUCUGUUGAGGCUUUGGGAGCCCUUGAUGGGGACCUGAAAGGAAAGUACUAUGCCCUUAAAGACAUGACAGAGGAAGAGCAGCAGCAGCUGAUUGACGAUCACUUCCUGUUUGAUAAACCCGUGUCCCCACUGCUGCUGGCUUCAGGAAUGGCUCGUGAUUGGCCCGAUGCCCGAGGGAUCUGGCACAAUGACAAUAAGACAUUCCUGGUCUGGGUUAAUGAGGAAGAUCACCUACGUGUCAUUUCCAUGCAGAAAGGUGGAAACAUGAAGGAAGUUUUUAACCGUUUCUGCACGGGCCUCACACAGAUUGAGUCUUUGUUUAAAGAGAAAGGCCACGAGUUCAUGUGGAACGAGCACUUGGGUUAUGUUUUAACUUGCCCCUCCAACCUGGGCACAGGGUUGCGUGGUGGCGUUCAUGUUAAACUUCCCAACGUCAGCAAGCAUGAGAAAUUUGGUGAGAUCCUUAAAAGGCUGAGGCUCCAAAAGCGUGGAACUGGUGGAGUUGACACUGCUGCAGUAGGUGGUGUCUUUGACAUCUCCAACGCAGACCGUCUGGGCUUCUCCGAGGUCGAGCUGGUUCAGAUGGUGGUGGAUGGCGUUAAGCUGCUUGUAGAGAUGGAGAAACGCCUGGAGGGAGGCGACUCGAUCGACGAUCUUAUGCCUGAACAGAAGUGAAGCUUCAUGACUCCCAAAUUAACUCCUCCCCGCCUCCACCAGUUCUCCAGUACCAAUAAUCUUAAGUACAUCAUGGAAUACACUCCACCCAAACGGUAGUGGCACUAAAGUUAGAUGAGUCUUCCAUCAGUGUGAAGGAUUUUGUAUGUCAAACGUCCUGCAAUGUUGGAGAUGGAUCUUAACACCAGAAAUAAAGUCUCUUUGGCCCAUGGA